AUGGCAGAUCUCUACCAGCAGGGACAAAACAACUACCCUCCCCGCUCCUCUGCUCAGUACAGCCAUCUCGUCCCCAACAGCAACACCUAUCCAAGCCCUGUUGCACCCCCAGCCUCCGCGACACACAGCAGCGGCAGCGGUGGUGGUGGUGGUGGCUCUCACUCCCACUCAGCUUCUGGCGAUGAGCACGAUGAUUCCGACUCGGCCCCCAAAUCCUCAGAAACAUCUCCGACAGAGACGAAGCCUCAACAGAAAACGCAGAGUACUUUCCUGACCAAACUUUAUUCGCUCCUUGAAAAACCAGAAAAUCACCAUAUGAUCCGUUGGGACCCAGCAGGCGACCAUAUUAUUGUCGAGCGUCCAGAGCAGCUUGCUCUGCAUGUCCUGCCCUCUGUGUACCGCCAGUCUCGAUUUGCGAGUUUCUCGCGCCAGCUGAACAUUUAUGGAUUCAUGCGCAAGGUCAACCUAAGAAAUGUUGACCCUGCCAUUGACGAUCCGGACGCGAGCACUUGGUCGCACCCGACGCUGAACCGACACUCGCCUCCUGAAGUCGUCGCAAACUUCAAACGCCGUGUCCCACCACGCCUCCCGAAGCCACGCAAGCGUCAGGAGCCGGACAUUCCUCAAAUUCCACCAGCUCGCUCUGCGGUGGGCAUGGGACCCGUCCCACUAAGCGUCCCAUCGUCCCUGGGCUCUCCCGGCAGCAAGGGCAGAGCUCGCGGUUUUUCUGCCCCAGGGUCCUACGUCCAGGGAGGCUGGGGACAGCCCUACGGGCGUAGUGCUUUGCCUCCACUUACAGUCCCGUCGGACCCACCGGCUCUCGCACACAGUUCGAUGUAUGGCGGCAGUCACUCUGCCCACCCUGGCUUACACCCAAUUUCACCCGCGGAUGAUCACUCACAAUCAGCUGCUGGUUUCUCGCCUGCGUCAUACGGGAGUGGCAUGCAAUACGGAUAUGCAGACUCGAGCUCAUGGGGAAUGUCACCCAGCAGUGCAGGCUCGUCUCAACAAAGCACUGGCAGUCUUUCAUCACUUCUGAAUCCCAGUGGUAGCCAAUACCAACGGACCACCAUGCAAUCUUCAUACCCUGCGCCUUUCACAGGUGUUUCUGUUGCCAACAACCACAGUGCAUCCAGUCUGUCUCCAGACAGCCGCCCGACAACAGGGUAUUCCGCUUCUUCCAUGAACUCAAUACCCUACGAUACAGAAACGACUUCAACGAGUAUGUCCCAUGAUUAUUCAAGGCCAGGGUCAAGUCACCAUCGACCAAUUAGCCCAGCGCGCCCGCACUCCUCACACAAGCCAGGCCUCGGUGGUGGACUAGGUGGAAUGAACUCCGGCUACUCUUCAUCGGCUGCGGGUUAUGGUAUGGGUUCUGCUGUUCGUCGGCCGAGACGUCACUCACAGGCAAUGAGCCCAUACCCAAGCCCGUACGACAAUGGUUCGGGACAUCUCGACUCCAACCCGCACGGGAUGCAUCACUCGGCGAGGCCAUCAUCAUCACCGCAGCCCUCACCACUGACACCUGGUGCGAGUGACCAUCAUGUUUCCCGCGUUCGCAGCAUGGCACAAUUACCGGCAGUCGAUACUGUCGGUGUAUCUCAGCCAUCUGCGUAUACAUUUAGCCCCGGCGGCGAGUUUGCUUACAAUCCAAGCAGUGCAAGCAAUGGAAACGGCGCGAACCAUGGAUCACCACCCCUUCAUGGUAGCACCGGUCACGGCACUGGGCAUCUCAGCAAUGUGGAUCCGAUGGACUGGGGACGUAGCGUGCGACCAUCGACCAGUGCAAGCAGCUUGAGUGCAGCAUCGCAUACGAGCUCAAGCCAGGCGAACACGCCACCCGUAGACAAUGGCUAUGGUGCUGGCGAGGACAUUAACCGCUGUGAGUAA